AUGGCUUCACAGAAAAUUGCUGUUGAAUUGGCCACCAGGGUUGUUGGGAACUGGAAGGAGACUUAUCAAUGGAUACCAAUAUACGGAGCUUUUGCCACUAUUGCACUGGCAUUUUCAGUUGGUGCCAACAAUCUUCCAGCCCCGUUUUCAGCAUCAGUAGGGACAGGGGCUUUAACCCUUUUGAAGGCCUCAAUCAUGGCUAGCGCCAUAUAUGUUCCGGGAGCGGCCUCUGCAAGCAACAGUACUACUGUUAAUGCUUUAUUUUUCAAUUUCCUCAAAGAAAGUCAACCCACUGAAGGUUUCUUGAUGUGGAGUAUGGUAGUUGUUCUCCUCACAGCAACAAUGUGGCUUGCACUUGCUACACACCUAGAGUUACCUGUCUCAUCUCUGCAAUCAAUACAGGGUGCCAUGUUAGGAACCAUGCUAGUUGCAAAAGGUUUUGACUACUUACCACUAUGGAACAAGAAUGAUAAUCACAAUUUUAAUGGUGGAGGACUGCUCUGGAUAUUCCUUGAAUGGACUUUUGCCCCGUCUAUCGCCUGUCUAUGUGCAUGUUUCCUCUUUGCUGUCUUGAAGGGUUCUCUACUUCGCCCUGAAAAUGCAGAGAAAAGGAUUCUUAUUUUCCUACCUAUUGACUAUGGAAUAUCUGCAGGAUUACUUUGCUUCUUCAUCAUAUCUCAGGUCAUAGGGAACUAUGUGGAUGUUAAUAGAUUGACUGUUCUAAUUGCUGUUGCAGGGUCUGCCUCAAUUGGAGCACUGUUAUCUUUGGUUGUGGUGGUUCCUUUGGCAAUGAAAAAACUUGCUACUAUCCAAAAUCACAGAAAUUCUAAGGAAAACACAUCUAAUAUCCAUGAAUCUGUAGAAUGUCAGGAAACUCAGGGCCAGUCUAGUGGUGUAAAAUUGGAUGAUGAUGAUGUUGAUGAAAUGUUGAAAGAUUUUAUGCGGAGGAGAGUCCUUGAUACAGUCUAUGAGGAGGAAGAAAGAUGUUGGGCUUCACUGGAUGUGAUCCAAGAGCCUGACCAGGUUCAACCUGUUUCUCAGUGUAGUGCUAAUACUGGUGUAGAGCAACCGGCUCCAUUUAAACAGCUGCUUAAGUCAACGCCAAACAGGUUGGUUCAAACGAGGAACUUUCAAAGGAUGGAGAAAACAACACCAAUUGAAAAUGUCAUCAAGUUUAUGAGAAAUAUGGCAAAGUCCACCUUUUCCCCUGUCCUUGAGUAUGACAGAAGAACUCUCAUUCGGCACGCCUUAGCUGAAAAAUACGAUGAGAUAGAAGACUGCUUCUGUUUUCCUCAACUUCUAGCAUCAUGCAUCUUUGCGCUUAUUCAAUCCGCUACUGAGAUAGCUGCUAUUGUGAAUCCAUAUGUAGCUAUUCUUGAUGUGUUCAAUCAUAGAUCAAAAUAUUCUGUAAAUGGGGAAGAUGUGGGGCAUUUACAAGUGAAGUGGUGGUUUAGAGGUAUUGGCGGACUUGUUGCUGCAAUGGGAUUUCUUCUAUGCGGGUGGAGGCUGACUCAAUGCCUUGGUGGCAAGCUGACAUACAUAAGCAACUCCAGAGGUUGGGCAUCUCAGUUGUCAACCGUGGCAGCAAUGAUCAUAGUUUCUAGGGUGAAGCUACCUGUUUCGAGCGUCCAUACUUUUGUGGGUUCUUUGAUAGGACUUGGGAUAGCAGAUGAUCACCGGAAUGUUAACUGGAAACUCCUUUGCAAAAUCUUAUGUGGGUGGAUCAUGACCAUAAUCUUUUGCUGCGGGGUUGCUUAUCUGAUUUUCUCCGCCUCCAUACACACGCCAGCCUAUGCAGUGCCCUGAUUCUUUAUGUCUUAAGUACAAGUGUAUCUAGUGGCCAAAACCAAAAAGCAUUUCCUUGGAAUCAAAUUCCAUUACUUGACUAGCAUUUAUAAUAUAAGUAAGUCCACUAGGAACUGAGAGAUAAGGUUAGAAUGGAAGGGCCCUGCUCUCCAUUAAAACCCGGAAUUUUUUCCAAUAUUGUGAUCUCUUAUUUACACUUUCGGUUUAUUUGAAUCAAACUUUCAAAC